UGAAAUUCUCUUCUCUGAAGCAUUAUCAAGCAAAAUCAACAAUGGAAGCGAACGGUACGAUUUGGAGCCAUGAUUCUCUCAGAAACUUCCAUGAAUUCACUCCGGCUGUGCAGAAUCAUCUAAAGCGGGUCUAUCUCACGUUAUUCUGUGCUCUUAUUGCGUCUGCAUUUGGAGCUUACCUCCAUAUGGUCUGGAAUAUCGGUGGAAAUGUCACUACUCUUGGAUUCACUGGAACCAUGAUCUGGUUGCGUUUCACUCCUUCACAUGAACAACAAUCAAAGAGGCUUUUCCUUCUGUAUCUAUCUGCCCUUCUUAAAGGUGCUUCAGUUGGUCCCAUGAUCAUGUUGGUCAUUGAUUUUGAUUCAAGCGUCCUGGUCACUGCAUUUGUGGGAACAGCAGUAGUAUUUGUGUGUUUCUCCGCUGCAGCAAUGUUGGCAACGCGUAGAGAGUAUCUUUACCUCGGAGCUUCACUUUCUUGUAGUAUGUCCAUCCUUUGGUGGGUGCAAAUUGCCUCUUCGAUCUUCGGAGGCUCUAUAACUGUCGUCAAGUUUGAGCUAUACUUUGGACUCUUGAUCUUUGUGGGAUACAUAGUGGUGGACACACAGAUGAUAAUCGAGAAAGCACACCAUGGUGAUAUGGACUAUGUGCAACAUUCUUUUACCUUUUUCACUGACUUUGCUUCUCUGUUUGUUCGAAUUCUCGUUCUCAACAUGGAAGAUGAAGAAAGGAAGAAAAGACCGAAGAAACUGAAACCACCAAAUCAAGUCUACAUAGCUCAGAUUGUUUAAGCAAAAUCACUCUUUCCACUUGUCUUUUGACUAGUUUCUCUGCUAUCAUAAAUACAUUGAAACUUCAGAUUGUAAAUGACUUUGUACUCUGGCUUUGUGUUUACUGUCUAAUAUCAAACUUUUAACAAAAAUGACAAGUUAGG